GUUCUGAUACUUGAGGCUGAGAUAGACUGUGAUGCAGCCACAGCUUCCCAAGUCUGAACCUUGAAUUUGCGCCUCACCAAUGUUUAGCGGCGUCUUGAAGUGUGGCUAGUGUGUGGCUAAUGUCACACUGGACUUGCGGCUCAUCCAUCGUCAUCCACCACCACCAACACGAACAAGUACGUACCUUUUUCAAUGCGACAUCGCUAUCACUCAGCUUGGCCACUCUCUUACCAACAGGACCCAUGACAUGAACUGCAUCCUCUUUCUAUCAAUGCAAACGCCCGAUGACGGCAAGGGAAAAAAACUACCGGGUCUCCCUACCAACCGCUCUCACCUCGUCUCUUGCACUCCCGUCACCUGUGCACUCCCGUCACCUCAAAAACCCACUCCUGCAGAGGUCCCCCAUCUAGGACCCUCCCCUGUACAUACCGUAGUGUUGCAGUGUGAGCCUUUGCUCCCUUCCACCCGAACACUCGCAAUAGCCGACCUGGACCGACCGCCACCCUCAUAUCACUCGCCCCCUCGAAACCUCACGCCCCAUGCUCAGCACAUUUCUCAUAUACAACCCGAGGAAAUCUUGCCCAAUUUUUUUAUGCCGUUAUCUAAGAAUAUUGGGUCUGGAUUUCCUCUUGGCGGUUGUUUCCACUUCACAUCAAAUCCACAUGGCUGUUUCCUGCGGGUGUGCACACCAUCUCGUCUCACUCUCAUGGCUCUCUCUUCUCGACCUUGGUCUUGACCAGGGGUUGUUGGUUUCUGUCAGCCACCGUCCCAUUUUGCCUUUCCCUUCCUCCAUUUUCAUCUUCUCCCUUGCUGCCGUUCCCUACUGCCGUUGGAGCAAGCGGAGGGACCAGCGGACGCAGGCCAGGAGCGUCAUGCUCUCCGCUGGUCAAGACGAUGCUAACCGUCCUUUCACCCUUGUUUCGCCCAAUCCAA